UGCUGUUGCAGGCGAGGCCGCUGGGUUGGCCAUGGGACUUGUUAUGCUUGGCACCGCUUCAAAAAAAGCAAUUGAAGAAAUGUUGCAAUAUGCGCACGAAACUCAGCACGAGAAAAUCAUUCGAGGAUUGGCAAUUGGCAUUUCGUUAAUAAUGUAUGGUAAAGAAGAAACCGCUGAUGUAUUAAUUGAUGAGCUUAGUCGAGACAAGGAUCCAAUUUUACGUUAUGGUGGCAUAUAUACAGUUGCUUUGGCAUACUGUGGUACUGGAAAUAACAAAGCCAUUCGACAUUUAUUGCACGUAGCCGUUAGUGAUGUCAAUGACGAUGUACGUCGGGCUGCUGUCACAGCGCUCGGAUUUAUUUUGUUCAGAACACCAAAACAGGUUCCUCGAAUAGUACAAUUAUUGUCGGAAAGUUAUAAUCCAAAUGUACGUUAUGGCGCUACGCUAGCAUUGGGAAUCUCAUGCGCUGGAACUGGUUUGAUGGAAGCCAUUGAGCUUUUGGAACCUAUGACUAAAGAUCCAGUUGAUUAUGUUCGGCAAGGAGCAUUUAUUUCACUUGCUAUGAUUUUGAUACAACAAAACGAUGCAACAAAUCCAAAAGUAACACCAACGCGAAAACUAUAUGAAAAAAUCAUAAAUGACAAACAUGAAGACGCAAUGGCAAAAUUUGGUGCAGUUUUAGGUCAAGGAAUCAUUGAUGCAGGAAUGGCUGUGUUUACACAAUUCUGGUAUUGGUUCCCAUUAACACAUUUCUUGAGUUUAGCGUUAUCACCCACUGCAAUCAUUGGCUUGAACAAGGAGUUGAAAAUUCCCAAAUUUGAGUUCAUUUCCAAUGCAAAGCCCUCACUUUUUUCCUACCCUGCAACAACUAAACCUCCAACAACUAGUGUUGUAGAGAAGGAUAAAGACGACCAUAAAAAGGAAGAAGAAAAGGACGAAGUGAAAGAUGACAAAAAGGGAAAGAAAAAAAAGGAAGAAUCGUUUGAAACUCUCGAAAAUAUGGCACGUGUUUUGCCAGCACAGCUACAAUACAUUUCGUUCCCGGAAAAUUCCCGUUAUGUUCCUGUAAAAAAGGGUAUCGUCGGUGGAAUUCUGAUGAUGAUAGAUAAACAUCCCGGUGAGCCAGAAGAAUUAAUUCUGCCAAGCACACCUGUUGCAACAACGGAAGUGACGGAAGAGGAGGAAGCACCACCACCGGAACCUUUCGAAUAUCCAUUUGACGAUUGA